CUCCCCCUAUUUCCCCUCCCUCCAGGGUCCUGGUCCCAGGAGCUCUGGGUGUCCCAACCCAACUGGGCCUGGGGCCUGGAGGGUGGCUCUGUCACCCUGCCCUGUUCCUACAACACCUCUGUGCAGGGUCCCCAAGUGGGCAGCUACCGCUGGGAGAAGGAGCCAGGGCUGAAGGUGGCCCCAGGGGUCCUGCCCUUUCAGGGGCGUCUGGGGGUGCCCGAGGCCAGGGUCUUCCUUGAGGAGGGCCGGGCAGACCUGGAGAUCCAUGACCUGCGGCACUACGAUGCUGGCACCUACCGCUGCCUGGUGACCCUACACGGAGCACCUGAGGCGGCAGGCAAUGGCACCCAGCUGCACGUGGACAGGCCUGGGGCAGGCCCAGGCCAAGGGUCUGACCAACCUACUGUCCUCCUGGUUCUGCUUGUGAGGGCGCUACUCUAUGUCCUUGGCAUCAUCAUGGCUGCCCUGGGCUCCAGCCUCUAUUACCAAAGGCAGGUUUUGCAAAACAGACAGAGACUGAAACUGCAGAGUCAACAGGAACCCAGAGAACCCAGGCGUCCGGGCUCCCAGCCCCACCACCGGUGCAACUCCGCCAGCCCCUACUCACUGCUCAGAGCUGGCAGAGACCCCAGGCGUCCAGGCUCCCAGCCCCACCCUCUCCAGCCCACCACGCUCCACUCCCCAUCCUGAACAGGGAUGAACCUAGGUGUCCGGGUUCACACCCCGAUUCCCCUCCCACGGAACCCACAUAUCGAGGCUCCCAGCCCCCCAUGCUGAACCCCCAGUCCUCUCCUAGAACUGUUUUGGGGGCUAAUUCUGUGAUUUUUGGUAAAUCCUGUUGUUUCUGAACCUGACGUUUCCUGGAGAUGAUUCAGGGGUAUUUCAGCACCUGUCAAAUGUCCUAGGAUUAGGACCCCCACCCCCUUGUUGUUGAACCUCAGCCCUUGUCCCUUGUCCCCCUGCUCUUCAGCUCCUCCCCCCCCCACAAAUAAACCUGGUCCCAGCUGAACGCGUCAGUCUUGGGGCUUUAUGGGCACCA